UCUCCCCCCUAUGGAGCCCCCCCGAACCCGUCCUCCCCCCGAGCUGGAAUUUGGAGGGCCCUGGGGCGCGGGGGCUCUGACGCUGCUGCUGCCGCUGGGGCUCGUGGGGGUCGUGAGCGUGUCCCUGGGGGAGGGGGAGGGCUGGGGGACCCCCGCCCUGGCCCUGCCCACCCCCCCCACCCUGAUGUUCGUCCUCGCCUGGGUGGGUGCGCACGGGCUCGGGAGCUGCUGGAGACCCCCGAGGACCCCCGCUGACAUCCCAGGACCUCUCCGAGACCUCGGCUGCCGUGUGUGGCUCGGGGGCGUCCCUUUGGGGGUUGCAGCUCUCACUGCCACCGGCUCAGGGCUGUUGGUGCUGGGGGGGACCCUGGGCGGGGUGCUGGCCCUGGGGGUCCCCCUGCCCCCCCUGUGCCCCCUCCUACCCCCGCUGGCGGCGGCCUCGUCCAGCGUCGCCUUUGGCCUCGGGCUCGUCCUCCUCGUGCGGCAGCGGCUGCGGCAGGGGGGCAACGGAAACCCCGUGUAUGAAUUCUUCAUGGGGGGGGAACUGGUUUCCCCGCUGGAGCCCCCUGAGUGUGUCCACUGGGAGCGGGUCGGGCUCUGCGCCUGGAUGCUGGUGCUGGCGGCGGCUCUGGGGGAGCAGCAGCGGCUCUGGGGGUCCCCAUCGCUGCCCCUCGCACUUGUGGCGGCUGCUCAGGGGGUCCCGGUGCUGUGGCGCCUCAGGGAGCUGAGCAGGAAUUCCCCAUCUGGCCCCGGGGGGUUCCUGGGGCUCUUCGGGGCUCUGGCCUGGGGCCCUUUCGGGGGUCCUCUCCCGGCGCUGCUGCUCCUGCACAGACCCAAAUACAGGCUGGGGGCAGCCAGGGGGGCUGCCUGUGGGGGGCUCUACGUGCUGGGGCUGUGGAUCUUCCAUGGUGCUACCACCCAGAAGAGCCUCUUCAGCCGUGACCCCCGAGACCCCCGAGUGGCUGGUCUCCCCACAGUCCCCACGGCCACGGGGCAGGUGCUGCUGGCAGGGGGCUGGUGGGGGGUCGUGCGAAGGCCCGAUGACCUCGGGGAGUUGCUGAUGGCGUUGGGAUGGACCCUCCCCUGUGGCCUGUCCCUGCCCCUGAUGCUGCUCCUGGUGGGGGCUGUGCUCCGGGAGCUCCGAGCGGUUGUGGGAGAGCGGCGACAGCAGCGGCGUUUUGGGGGAGCCUGGGGGGAGCUCUGCCACCGUGUUCCCUACCGGCUGCUGCCCCUCAUCUACUGAAGGUUCCUGCGAGACAGCCCCCCUGCCCCCACCCCGUGAUUGAUGGAGGGACCCCCUGGGACCCUCUUGGGAUUCCCCACAUGGACUGUGGAACUCCCCAAGCCCUCCCCUGCAUCUACUGGGGCACCUCUGGGCUUCCCUCUCCCCCACCGUUUACUGACACUCCUGGGACCUCUCAGAUCAACUGAGGGACCCCCUGGGCCUCUCCUGGGACUCCCCACACUUGCUGAGAGUGGGGACCUACAGCCCCCCUUGGGACCCCCCAGAAAUGCUGAGGAGGUUCCACAGCCCUAUGACUGUGUAAUAAGGUCUUGGGGUCUCCCCCUCUUCUCUGGCUUGGCUAAUGCCUAUGUUCAUUAGUGCCCCCCUUCACUGAUCAGUGCCUCCUUCAUUAAUAAAUACCCACAUUCAUCAGCA